CAGGAUUCCGAAACGGGUUUUUGAGUCCGGGUAGAGGGUCACGAUCGCUCCCACGUGGUAGUACACGCGGAGAAGCGGAUUUAAAUGUUUUGUUCGCUGUUUUUGUGUGACUUUUUAUUGAAGUCGUGAGCGUUUGAAGCGCCGAUGUUAACGGGAGGAAGUGGAAGCUGUAAAAAACUUUGCUGCUUGUUUCACAAUCGCGGUUCCGAUCUGUUUUUUUUUGUUGUUGUUGUUUAAUCUGGAGUCAUGCUGUAAGUUGUUAACCCGGUCGAUGUGACAUUUGUGUUCGAGGAGUUUGAUCCACGCUGAGUUGCUUUGAAACAUGAGCGAGAAACAAGCGUUAGGAGUCGCAGAAACCAACGACGAAAGCAACCGUUUGAAGAACCAUGUCGGAGAGGAGCCGAAUCCGGUUCAGACCACGCGUCUGUACAAACGCCGCUGGGUGAUCGUCUUCCUGUUCAGCUCCUAUUCCCUCUGCAACUCCUACCAGUGGAUCCAGUACGGGAUCAUCAACAACAUCUUCAUGAAGUUCUACCGCGUGGACGCCUUCACCAUCGACUGGAUGUCCAUGAUCUACAUGCUCACCUACAUCCCCUUCAUAUUCCCGGUCACUUGGCUCCUGGAUAAGAAGGGGCUCAGGGUCAUUGCGAUUGUGGCCACGGCGCUGAACUGCGCGGGCACGUGGAUCAAAGUGGCGAGCGCCAGGCCGAACCUAUUCGCCGUCACUUUCCUGGGACAGUUCUGCUGCUCGUUGGCGCAGCUCUUCAUCCUCGGGAUGCCGUCGAGAAUCGCCUCAGUGUGGUUUGGAUCUCAGGAGGUGUCCACCGCCUGCUCCAUCGGCGUCUUCGGGAAUCAGUUGGGUAUUGCCAUUGGGUUCCUUGUACCUCCCAUUCUGGUGCCUAAUGUGGAUGACAUGGAAGAGCUGGCUUACCACAUUAGGAUAAUGUUCUACAUCACGGCAGGAGUGGCGACCUCACUCUUCAUCCUUGUUUGCUUUGUUUUUCAGGAGCAUCCUAAACUUCCUCCCACUCAGGCCCAGGCGGUUGCACGGAACAUCCCGCCAGAGGAGUACUCCUACACAGCCUCCAUCUGCAGGCUGAUCCGCAACAAGAACUUCAUCCUCCUCAUCGUCACCUACGGUCUGAACGUGGGCUGCUUCUACGCCGUCAGCACCCUGCUGAACCGUAUGGUCAUCGAUCACUACCCCGGGGAAGAAGUGAAUGCUGGGAGGAUCGGCCUCACCAUUGUUAUUGCGGGUAUGGUUGGAUCUCUGAUCUGCGGCAUUUGGUUGGAUCGAACUAAAACGUACAAGCAGACUACCCUCGCAGUGUACUUCAUGACCCUUGUUGGGAUGAUCGUUUAUGCCGCUACGCUCAGUCUGGGGCACCUGUGGGUGGUCUUCAUUACCGCCGGAGCUCUCGGGUUCUUCAUGACUGGCUACCUGCCACUCGGGUUCGAGUUUGCAGUUGAGCUGACUUACCCAGAGUCAGAGGGAACCUCCUCCGGCCUCCUCAACUGUUCAGCACAGGUGUUUGGCAUUAUAUUCACCAUCGCUCAGGGGAAGAUCAUUGAACGUUUCAGCACUUUAGCAGGAAAUAUUUUCCUCUGUGUGUUUCUUCUCAUCGGCACAAUAAUAACAGCUUUUAUCAAGUCUGACCUGAGGAGACAAAAUGCAAACCAGUCGGCCAAAGCAAAUGAAAGUAUCAUGGCAGAGGGGCAGAUGUCGGGACAGGACUACGGAUCCACUGCCCUUUUACCCCGCCCACAGACUCCCUCUCCUCAAGACUGACCAAUAAUGCUUUCCGCUUCCCUAAAUUGCCUCAAAUCUUAGCUUGACACUCGAGGCACACAAAGGUAGGAGCACCAUUAAUCAGGACACAUGGUUGAUUUUAAACCUUUCACAGUGAGACUUAUCUCUUAAAAUCAUGCUGUAAAUUUUAUAUUUUAACCCUUUUUCAGUCUAUAAUCAUACUUACCUGAAAUAAUCCAUUUGAGUUGAACUGUUAUUUUGUUUAAUUGCAAAUCAUGAAACUAAAUCUGAAACUAUUGGUGUUGUUUUUAUAAAACACUGAUAUUCAUUUGUUUUUGUGCAUUUCCACUGAUAACCUACUUGGCAAUAGCACCUGUGGGCGUGAACAUAAUAAGGGCUCCGGCAGUCUUGCAUUUAAUCCAAUUACCUUGACCUUCACCCAUAUGGUUGACCUAUGUCUGACCUUAUGGCAAUUCCGGAGUUCAAGUGUGCAUCAUGUUUGGUCCAAAUUGGGUUAAAAAUCAAAUGCCUUGGCUUUUGCCAUAAUUUGAGUUCUUUAAGGGCAAUUUCGAAAUCAACCUUCACUGACUUAGUAUUUCUCGUCACAUUUGGGCAAUUUCGAAACUUACCUCCUUAUGUGUGCUGAGGUUUGCGCAAGUUGGAGAGAAAAACUUACAUUUUGACAUGUUAAACCAAAUGGCCUUGACCCCAAUGAGUGGCCUUUGCCAAAUUUGAUCUUGCCUGGGCAAUUCCAGAACCUACCUCCAUAUGUGUGCUAAUCUUGGUGGACAUCAGAGUGAAAUUCACAAUUUUGACUUUUGACCUCAAUGACCUUGACCUUUGUUAAACCCUUUAAGGGUAAUUCUGGGCUUAGCCUUCAUCCACAUGCCAAGGACCUGGGAGGAGGAGAAGAACAAACUGAAAUUAUAGAAUGAUUAUUGUAUGAUUGCAGUUUAGAUUUAUAUCCAUUAAAAAGCCUACAUCAAACAAAAUGGCAUAAAAUGUCAGAAAUAUAAUUUAAAUUGGAAAUUAAAUUACCUCAUCUGCAUUUGCAACUUUGUUUUUAAGUAGAAAAUGUUGCAGCGUUUAACACAGCAGUGCAUGCAUAUGGUUUCAAUCAAAAGUGUUGAAUUAAGCUAAUACCAGUGUUAAUUUGACUAAUCGGUGUAAAUUACGUGGAAUUCUAACACUGCAGUAGCUCAUGAAACACGAUGCAUGUGCGUGUUGCAGUUUUAUCUUAAACCUUACUGUUUCCCCUUUACACAAUCACAUUCACAGUAUUGUAAAUGUGAUUGUGUGUCUUGAAUACAAACACAUUCAUGAAAGGAACAUUCUGGAUACAGAUGUAAAAUGUAUUGUCCCACCAUUUAACAAAACAAAAUAUGUUUGGAGCUUGAUAAUUCUGUAUGUACAUAUAUAUAAAUAAAUGUUUUAGUAGCCAUUCAGCAAGCAUUUAUAUCAAUAAUGUCUGUAAAUGAAGACAUUCAUCACUUUUGUGCACAUUUAGGUUAAAAGAAAGUAUAAAAACACAGAAUUCAACUUUAACAAAUGGCGAAGAAAUGUGAGAACCAUGAUGUAGAAAUAAAAUGCGUUUGUUUAUUGCGGCGUUAAUGUGCCAGAAGGUUGAAGAGUUUUGGGGGACUUGUAUGAAAAUCUUGAGCCUUUCGGCCAUUUUUUUUAAAAAAACACUGCGGAGUGUCUCCAAUGUGGCGGACUUCCGGGUUAAAAUAAAUAAAUAAAUAAGAAGGGGGCAUCAAAACUUAAAUUAGGAGGCUUUAAGUCCUUGUAAAGAUUUAUGGCUUUUUGAUUUGUCACUCCUUUCAGUGUUUCAAAAUACAGUUUCAUUUCUAAAAGUGACGGACGUUGGGUUUUUAUGGUCCACUGAAAUUGGCAAGCUAGUUUGUGGUGCAUUACCGCCACCACCUGGAUGUAGAAGUAUAACGCAACACAAGUUAGCAGUAAUUUUCAAUUUUUUUUCUAAAGUUUGCCACACUAUUCUGCCUUUACGUUCUGUUAUUUAGAAAUAUGUAUUCUUUUCAUGUUAAAAAUAAUUAACCAUAAAGUUACAGUUUUCUUAAACUGUCAAGAAAAGAGACAACUGCUGGAAUAAUAACACUGUU